CACAAGAUUUUCUAGCAGCACCAAGUAAAUAGUCCUGCAAGGAAAUACUGUUGCUCUGUUAGUGUUGGAAGUUGGAUCUUUCCUGCAGAGUUCACUGAUAUUCAUAAAUCUCUCUCACUAUCUCUGAAAAUGAACAACCUCCAAGAAGGGAAUAUUGUGAUUAUUGGCAGUGGUCUUAUAGGUCGCAGUUGGGCCAUGGUCUUUGCAAGCGGAGGCUUCAGGGUGAAACUUCAUGAUAUUGUGCAAGAGCAAGUCUCCACUGCCCUGGAAGAUAUCCGGAAGCAGAUGGAGGAACUGAUGAAGUCAGAAAUGCUUAGAGGAACCCUAAGUAUGGAGGAUCAAAUGGCACUAAUUAGUGGGUGCACUGACUUGAAAGAGGCUCUUCAUGGUGCCCAGUAUAUUCAGGAGUGUGUUCCUGAGAAUCUAGACCUAAAACUGAAGAUUUUUUCAGAAUUAGAUCUUUAUGUCAAUGACUCAACGAUAAUAAGUAGCUCAACAUCCUGCCUUUCACCUACAAGUAUGUUUACUGGACUACAGCAUGUCAAGAACUGCAUUGUUGCGCAUCCUGUGAACCCACCAUAUUAUGUUCCAUUGGUUGAACUUGUGCCCCAUCCACAAACUGAAAUUGCCACAGUUGAAAGAACAUACAAUCUUAUGAAAAAGGUUGGUCAGUCACCAGUGAAAUUAAUGAAGGAGAUGGAUGGGUUUGUGUUGAAUCGGCUUCAGUAUGCAGUGAUUAGUGAAGCAUGGAGACUUGUGCAGGAUGGAGUUAUAUCGCCUAGGGAUGUGGACCUUGUGAUGUCUGAAGGACUGGGGAUGAGAUAUGCUUUUCUUGGCCCUCUAGAGACUGCUCACCUUAAUGCAGAAGGGUUCAAAAGCUACUGUGAGAGGUAUGGAGAAAGCAUCAAGCGUGUACUGGCAACAUUUGGGCCCGUGCCAGAAUUCGAUGGAGAAAUUGCAGAAAAAAUUGAUCAGGCGUUGUGGGAACAUGAACGUGAUAAAGAUGAUCAGCUCAAGGCUGGCAGAGAAUAUAGGAACACCUGUCUGAGUCACCUAGCCAAGCUGAAGAAGGAAAUGAAGAAGAAUUAAUUGUAUAAUGGAAUCUAGAGAUGAUUCAAAUGGUCACUGGGUGCAUCUGCAAUUAGCGUCUAAUACGAUUGCUACCAAUGGUCGCAACACUGAUUCAGUAUGUAGGCAUGUUGGACAAGAAAAAUAAACACUUUUCCUUGUUUGUUA